GGGAGGGGAACAGGUGGGCUCAGGGGGAGGCUGAAGGCUCUCAUGUCCUGCAGGAAGUUGCACAACACUCUGCACUGGAAGAGUCUGGCACUGAGUGUGCUGAUGUGGGCCAAUGGGACUGGAAUUUUCUGGUGUGAGUGGAACUCCAGCCAAGUGUCAGUGACCAAACUGACAGACUCUCAAUUCCACAUACAACACGGCAAGUGUGGUUCCAGCUACAUCUACGUGCCAGUGACAUUCCUAAUAGUCCUUUACGUUCUCCAACUCAUAGAAGCCUACCACUGCCAGUUAAGAAGAGACCUCCGGACUAAGACUGGGUGCGAGAGAGGCAGACAACUGUUGGACAAAUACAGGGCUGCUUAUCCUAUUAUCUGGUGGAGAGUGAUUUGCUACCAUUAUGCCAAAAGGAGCAGACAGACCACUUCGUAUAGAAACGGAGAUGCUUACGUCACAACUCAAGAUUAUUACGAGAGGGUCAAUACGCACACAGCCCUGGCAGCAUUUGACUUCUCCACCUGUGGAGUUGAAGACAGAAGUAGUGGAGUGCAGGGGGUCAGGGCUGCCCUGGAGAAGGGGUCUCUAAUUGGGGUCCACUUCACCAAGACAUUCGGCUUCUCAAAUGUCGAAGCAGAGAAUGACUACUUACUGCAGAGGGCUAAGUUUUUUGAGGAGAAUGAAGCGAAAGACGAAUACAUCGAGACAUACGAAGGCAUGAAUCUGACAGACGUAGAAUGGCAGGAAGACCUCACUCUGUUCCAGGAGGGAUCCAGACUUCCGUGGUACAUGAGCCAGAUGUGCUUCUGGAUCGCCACCUGUUGCCUCCUCUCUUGGCCCUACAGACUCAUUUUAACCCUCAAAACCACCCACGUCAGCUGUACAGUGGAGAAAGUGUUUGGAACCCGAUACGACAACAACCCCCCUCCCCCACCUUCAAAUCACGUGACGUCUCCACGCUCCCCACGUCAUCAGGGUCCGAACUCCCCACCUGGAAGUCCCCAGCCCCUGACCGUCAAUCUACCCGCUUUUAUGAGUCCAAUAAAUCACCAUCCCCAACCAGGUCAAGAUGCAAAUAACAGAGGCAGAGAAAAUGCGCUCUGUUUGUCGAAUGAAGAUGAAAACGGAUCAAACGAAGACGUAGCUGGCGUUCGAACCGGGGCGACUGCCGAAAUGCUGCCGAGUUACUCUGACGUCAUGCUUAGUGAGAGAAUUUGUCAAGGACAACAUCGAGAGGAAAAUAGCGCAUCACAGGAGUCCUCUGAGCGACCUGGGGAGUCCCCGAACCCCUCGGGAGGAAGUAUCAAAUGUCGAAGUGUUUCCAUUCAAGUGGACCCUACCGGGACUCGAACCGGUUCCUUCUCGCAUUUAGUCGAAGACGAUUUCCUGAAUGUGGUCGCAUGCACUCACGAGGGUGACGAAUCCCACCAAAUGCCCCUCCCAAACGUCCAGCUAAGUCCAAGAUACCAGAGAAACAGACUCUACAGAAUUAAGUGUCACUCAAUGUCGUUCCAACACAAUAUACAAUCAAACAGCCUGAUGCACUCCUCGCUCCAAGGGGAGGGGCAGAGGAGUUUCGUAAACAAAGAGGAAGAAGAAAGGGGACUUGGAGGCGUGAAAAGCUUCAUCCGAAAGAGCAAAAGCUUCGUUACUCCAGUUCACCAACUGUCGCCGCUCUGUGAAUCACUUCUGUCAGAUUCUGAAUGCUAGCCAAAAUAUCUGAUUUUUAAAAAAUAGAUAUUUGGUUUCAACAAAUUAACAAGCGUGCUUUUUGUUAACCUUAACUUUAGUUAAUUAAGUGCUGCACAAUUGAUUAGUUUGAUUUUAUGAAUACAGAGUUUGAUUAACCUGUCACUUUUAA